AUGGAUGGCAAAAAUGUGAAUUUCGGGUUUGAUGCAAAGUUAUUAAGAGAUGGAGCUACUGAGUUGUGUUUUGAGCAAGCCAUGGCAAAAGCACGUUUUUCUCACUUUCAAGAAACAGACCUUCUGAUAAAGCAUCCCAAUACCUGUUUGACAGAACUUCCUCUUGAGGCUUUUAUUAUGAGGCACUAUGCCAAGAAUCUCAUGAUUAAAAACAAUGAAGAAUAUCUGGAAUUUGCUUACGGAGAUCCCUUCAUUUCAUCGGAGUUGUAUAUAUUGCGUGAUUCUUAUUUUAAAGAAAUAUCUGAUCUUCAUCGGAAGGUGAAAUCGGCAAAUUCUAGCUGUCAAGAAAUAAGUUCUUCCACAAAACCUCUUUUUCGAAGAAGGACAAUUUACUUUGAGAAACCUCCCCUCGUUUCUGACUCCGAAGAGGAAGAAGAAUCCGAAGAUCAUAAGGUACCAACAAUCAGUCCCAGGAAAUGCCAUUUGGCAGUCAUUCAGCCCAAUAAUCGGUUUGGGACUAUCCUUGAAGGUGAAGAAACGGAGAAGGAAGAGGAAGUUGGCGCCGGUGACGAAUUAAGACCUACUUCCCGUUUGGGACGAAACGGUCGCCAUCUAAUUGACGUAUCAAAUUACCUCUUGGAACAGUCAACUCUCGUUGGGGGUGUUGAGACUCUAGAGACUAAUCAGCUUGAGGAGACCCUUGCAGCUACCCAGUUCUUUUCUCCUGGACAGGUACGUCAACUGCUUGGCUCGAUGCUCAAAGUGGAUGAAAAGACAACCGUAGAUCCCUGGUGUUCUCAAUUUGUAAAUGCGUUUUGGAUUAAAAUUGCUCCUCGAAUGCGCGCGUGGUCUUCCUACUUUCCGAUUGAACCUCUAUCUCCUCCAAAAACUACUUUUCAGUUCGGUAGCCAGUACUAUCAUGCAGACCGUCGUCUGGAUUCUGGAACCUACGGAACAGUUUACUUGGUUCGUCUUCUUCCACCAAUGCUGGACGAGAACUUGCCUCUGGCUCAUGUUUUAAUGGACACCACUACGGAUGGAUGUUUUCCGGAAAAGCAGUAUUUGACGCGGAAGUCCGCCUUUGGCGAGGGUAUUGUUCGGGUUGUCAAAAUUGAAUCACCUGACUCUCCUCUGGAAUUCUACUACAUGCGAGAGGCUAGAAAACGUGUUGUGGCAGCUUUUAAUUCUAAGAAAAUCUUAGUUGAUAUUCGAGCUUCAAUUUGUCCAGCCCUGGCUCUGACCCACAGCAUUGGACGUUUCACCUCAAUCCUAAUGCCAUAUUUCUCUGUGGGUCUGCUUAAUUUCCUCAACUACGGACUUAAAUUAAAUAAGCAGUUGACGGCAAAAGCAAAGAGAAAAUCGACAAAAUCGCGUUCCUCCAAGAAUGAAAGUUUUACUUUUUCCGAUGCACCACCGCCGCUAACUCAAAAGGAAGAAGAACUCGUGUCGUUGUACUUAACUCUGGAACUCCUCUGGCUAGCUGAGGGUCUCCAUACACAUGCUCGAAUGAUUCAUGGCGAUAUCAAGCCAGAUAAUUUUCGGAUUAAUGAUAAGUUACCGGUGAUUGAUACUUCAACCUUAGACGACGAUGGUGAGAAUUAUGCAGAUGUGGAUGAUGAGAAAUUUAUCACGACAAAUGAAGGCUACAAGGGCCCAGUGGAUUUCAUUAGUUGCUUGGAUUCUGGCCACCGAACAAGGGUACUAGUACUUUUAGACUUUGGCCUUUGCAUCGACAUGGCUCGUUUCCCACCGGACACUGUGUUUGCUGUGGACAAAGAACGGUCCGUCAAACGCUCCUUUCCCUGCAUUGAAAUGGUCACUGGACGACCGUGGACAUUUCAGCUGGAUUUAUUUAACAUUGCCGGUGUAAUCUACACACUCGUCUUCAAGCGCUACAUGGAGGUGGAAUGCGUCAACGGCCAGUGGGUGCCCAAAUAUUUUCCUCGGACAAAUCGUGUAUAUCGUGCUGCAUCUAUUUGGCGUGAGGUACUAUCAGCCCUCCUGAAUGUUAAAAGCUGCGUUCCAGAGGACUACCCUGAUUUGGCAUCUCUUCGGGCAAGUUGUGAAACGUUCCUUCGUGAAAAUGCUGCCAACUUCAACUUGGCUGCAGAGAAGGCGAAUGCAAUUAUUCACUUUCUUACGUCCAUCACUUCGUCUUCAUUUAGUAAAGGAGACGAAAAGUAG